UUUCUCCACGCCCAUGUGAGACGUUUAAAUUUCCGCAUUUUGAGCUCAGACCAGAGGAACUAAACUAAAGUUUACCUGUGCUGUUGCAUAUAGUAAUUUACGAGUGACAAUGUCGAGGUUUCUCCUGAGAUUAAACCUACGGAGAUGUGUCGCCUCUCAGAUUAGAAUGGCAUCUGAUCAGCUUGGUGAAUUGGGCAAGGGAGCAGGCAAAGGUGGUGGUGGAGGAGGCUCUGUGAGGGAGGCAGGCGGUGCUUUUGGAAAGAAACAAGUAGCAGAGGAGGAGUGGUACUUCAGGCAAAAGGAGAAGGAGCAGAUGGAGGCGCUGAGGAAGCAUCAUGCAGAGGAGAUUGAGCACCACAAGAAGGAGAUUGAGCGCCUACAGAAGGAGAUUGACCGCCACAAGGGCAAAAUCAGAAAGCUUAAACAUGAUGACUGAAGCAGGGAAGACUGUCAUCAUUCCUCCUCCUGAGAGUCCAUCCAUCUUAUUACUUAUCAGAUAUUGAUUGAUUUACUGCUGGUCAAGGCAGGUCCUGUAUCAGACAUCACACUGGCAUCAUGAAUACUAAAAAAACAAUAAAGUACUUAAUUUUUCACAUUC